GGAGGGAAGCAGGAGCAGCAGCAGCAGCAGAAUCACAGGCCUAGGAACUACCGCUUCGGAUGAUUCAGUCAGUAGACCAGCCUUUGAGAAGGGAUGAUCUCUAAUUACAGCACCCUAAUAAUUCAUUGCCCAUCAUGGAGCGGAUCUGACUUCCAGCUACUCGGAUACUAAAAAGCUUUUAAUGUGACUACAGAAGAGCUACACAGUGCAGAUCUUUGAAUGGUCUGGAGCUGUGUUCAUCCCAGGAACGGCCACUAAAAUCUCUCCUUUUAGGAUGAUCCCUUCCACGGCGGCCAUGGCGACCCCUCCCACUGAGCCCCUUUUCCCCAGCUUGGCGUCUCAGGAAUUCUGGAGAUCCCAGGUCUCCGGCUAUUCUGGAUCGGUCACUCGCCACAUCAGCCACCGGGCCAACAACUUCAAAAGGCACCCAAAAAGGAGGAAACACAUCCGUCCGUCCCCACCGCCACCCCCGAACACUCCAUGUCCCGUCGAACUGAUUGGCUUUGGGGGCCUGCACCCUCAGAGAUCACUCCGAGAGUUGCUGUUUAACGGGUGCAUUCUCUUUGGGAUCGAAUUCAGUUAUGCCAUGGAGACGGCCUACGUGACACCAGUUCUGCUCCAGAUGGGGCUGCCUGAUGAGCUGUACAGCAUGGUGUGGUUCAUCAGCCCAAUUCUAGGAUUUCUUCUGCAGCCUUUUCUAGGGGCUUGGAGUGAUCGAUGCACCUCAAGAUUUGGAAGGCGAAGACCUUUUAUUUUUGUCCUGGCAAUAGGUGCGUUGCUGGGGCUUUCACUUUUACUGAAUGGCAGGGACAUUGGAAUAGCACUGGCUGACACUGUGACUAAUCAUAAAUGGGGGAUCAUUCUCACCGUGUGUGGGGUGGUCCUGAUGGACUUCAGUGCCGACUCAGCAGACAAUCCCAGUCACGCCUACAUGAUGGAUGUGUGCAGCCCAAUGGAUCAAGACAGGGGACUCAACAUCCAUGCACUCUUAGCGGGUCUUGGAGGUGGUUUUGGUUAUGUCAUUGGAGGAAUAAACUGGGAUCAAACCAGUUUUGGAAGAGCCGUGGGCGGACAGCUGCGCGUCAUCUAUGUCUUCACCUCAAUUACUCUGAGUGUCAUGACCGUAUUGACUCUGAUUAGCAUUCCUGAGAAGCCCCUGCAGGUAUUUGACAAGAAGAAAACAGUGAUGAAGAGUCCAAGCCUUCCUCUUCCACCUUCUCCCCCUGUUUUGUUUGAGGAAGGCACAGAUGAAAACCUCAGCUCUCAGAGUGCCACGCAUUUAUACACGAGUUUUACCAGCCCUAUUUCCCCCCUCAGCCCUUUAACGCCAAAAUAUGGCAGUCUCAUCAGUCGGGACAACUCUUUGACAGGGAUUAAUGAGUUUGCAUCCUCAUUCGGAACCUCAAAUAUUGACAGCGUGCUCAUCGACUGCUUCACCGGAGGUCAUGACAACUACUUGGCGAUUGCAGCCAGCUUCCCAAGACAGGCCAUCAGCGUCAGCUUUCCCAGGGCUCCCGAUGGCUUUUACGGGCAAGACAACAGCUUUCUGGAGAGAGGGGACGUUUCUCUGACUCCUGGCCCAGAUGGAGAGAUGUUAAGAGCGGGGUCUCUGGAUGCAUCAAAACCUCGGUCAGCUGGGAUUCUGAAGAGGCCUCAGACUUUAGCCAUUCCGGAUGCCAUCUCAGGAAGCUGUCCAGAAAGUAGCAGGAGGAGGAAUGUGACCUUCAGUCAGCAGGUUGCUAACAUUUUGCUGAAUGGCGUGAAAUAUGAGAGUGAACUGAAUGGGUCAGGAGAGGUUUCUGAGCAGCCCCUUUCCAUGAAGCGUCUCUGUACAACCAUCUGUAACAUGCCCAAGGCACUGCGUAAUCUCUGCAUCAAUCACUUCUUGGGGUGGCUCUCAUUUGAAGGCGUGCUACUCUUCUACACAGACUUCAUGGGAGAGGUGGUAUUCCAGGGGAAUCCUAAAGCUCCCCACAAUUCUGAAGAAUAUCAAAAUUACAAUGCUGGCGUCACCAUGGGAUGCUGGGGCAUGUGCAUCUAUGCAUUUAGUGCUGCCUUCUAUUCAGCCAUGCUAGAAAAACUGGAAGAAUACCUCAGCGUCCGCACCCUCUAUUUCAUCGCCUACCUUGCCUUUGGGCUGGGAACAGGCCUCGCCACCCUCUCCAGGAAUAUCUACGUGGUUUUAUCCCUUUGCAUAACCUAUGGGAUAUUAUUUUCUACUCUCUGCACCCUCCCCUAUUCUCUUCUGUGUGACUACUACCAGAGCAAGAAGUUUUCAGGGUCGAAUGUGGACGGUACGAAGCGAGGAAUGGGGGUGGAUAUCUCCCUCCUGAGCUGUCAGUACUUCUUAGCUCAGAUUCUGGUUUCCAUCAUUAUGGGCCCCUUGACCUCAGUGGUGGGCAGUGCCAAUGGGGUGAUGUACUUUGCUAGUCUCGUGUCCUUCACUGGCUGCUUGUACUCCUCCCUCUUUGUCAUUUACGAAAUUCCUCCCAGCGAAGAUCUAGAAGAAGAGCACCAGCCCCUUUUGCUGAAUACCUAACAUGUUGGGGUCUUCCACUUCGGGACUCGCCCUCAGAACACGGGCACCAUUGGCAUCGUUGAGUGUCAAACCAAUAAAGUAACCAAAUUGCCUUGAGCAAUCUCCUCAAGCAGUGUACAGUUGGUGAGACUUCCUGUGGCUAUGUAAAUAUGUAACUCUGGAAAAUAAAGGAGAUUACUCUUUACUCUACU